CCCUUGCUCCGUCUACUUCUUCUUCUGAUGAAAAAAACGACAGAGCAAAAAAACACCUACCUACUUCACAAAAACACACAAUACACACAGUGAUUACACUUUAAAACACCAAAAAAAUUCCAUUUCUACAAUCCCAGCAAAUCAAGAACACUCUUAAAACUGAAAAAUCUCCAAUCUUUACUCUCUUUAGUCACUGAAUAUUCAUAUGUUUGUUGGGUUUUUGCCAAACUUCACAAAAACACACAAUACACACAGUGAUUACACUUCAAAACACCAAAAGAUCCUAUUUUUACAACCCCAAAAAAUCAAGAACUUUAGUCACUGAGUAUCCAAAAUGGAGAAAAUUAUAGUUGUUGUUAACUAUCCACUUCAAAAAAACACACAAUACACAGAGUGAUUACACUUCAAAACACCAAAAAGAUUCAAUUUUUUACAACCCCAAAGAAUCAAGAACACUUUUUAGUCACUAAAAAUCCAAUUUUUUGUCAAAAAAAAUGGAGAAAAUUAUAGUUGUUGUUAACUGUGAACUUAAAGCUUGUGGUAUAGUGUAGUUUUCUACAAAGGGUCUUUUUUUAGCUAAGAAAAAAAAUCAUUUUUUUUAUUUUACUUUUUCUUUUUACUAUGGGUUGGAGGCUAAAAAUAAUAGAAAAUUUGGAUCCUGUAAGAAAAAGAAGUGGUGGAUUAAGAACUAAACAGGCUGGACGUGGUUCUUGUAGGGGAAGUUAGUUUUAUUUUUUAGUUGAAAAAAAAAAAAGAAAAAUUGAAAGAGAAAAAAAACAAAGAAUUGUUUUUUUAUUUCUUUGGAAAAGAUUGUGUAAAAAAUGGGGUAUUUGUUGAAAGAGGUUUUAAAGACUCUUUGUGGUGUUAAUCAAUGGUCUUAUGCUGUUUAUUGGAAGAUUGGUUGCCAAAAUACCAAGCUUUUAAUUUGGGAAGAAUCCUAUUGUGAACCUUUAACAUUCUCCGGAAUUAAUGGAAUUUCCGGGGUUGAGAAUCCGGAACUAUCGUUCCAUGAUUGGGAGGUCUUUAAUUCUCGGCUUAUGAAUCAAGCAGGGGAGAGAAUGCAUUUGCUCGUAAACAAAAUGAUGAUGGAUAGUCAAAUCAGUCUUGUAGGAGAAGGACUAGUCGGCCGGGCUGCAGUUACCGGGAGUCAUCAGUGGUUUCAUUCAGAGGGUUUUAGUAGAGUAGCUCAUCCACCAGAGGUCCUGAAAGAGCUCACACAACAAUUUUCUGCUGGCAUCCAGACAAUUGCAGUUGUUCCUGUUCUUCCUCAUGGUGUUGUCCAAUUUGGAUCAUGCUUGCCCAUAAUGGAGAACAUGAGGUUUGUGGAGGAUGUGAGAGUGCUGAUAAGUCAAUUAGGAUGCGUCCCUGGUGUCUUGUUAUCCGAUGAAAAUGCAACAAAAGAUCCGACGGUGAAUACCGGCAUGCCAGUUUAUCCGGAAAGUUCAGAUUUUGUAGAUUCUUGCAGGCGCCCCAAUGUAAUGAACUCUGCUCCAGCUAUUGCUAGCUGCAGUUAUCAGAGAAACUCAAGUCACACUGAUGGUUUCAUUUGUCAAACCGAUGCAACAUUUCAAGCCUCGAAUAUGACCCCAUGUUUUGUCGAAUCUCAUGAUCGACAGUUCCACCAGAAAAUUGUUCCAGAGGUGAAAGCACACCUGUCUGCUAAUAGUAGCCGGCUAAUAAAUAAUAACAUGAUUAAAGCGGAGGUAAUUUCUCCAAGCUCCAACAUGUGGACGAGUCAACAAGCUCCUUUACACAUUCCGAGGCCUCCCUUUCAUCAGCAAUCUUUGAAUGCAUCUUCUUCAUCUUAUGUUGGAAACGAUUUGAUUACUAGUCAUAUUUAUGAUGGUCAGAGUCGUGCACAAUUUAUGUGGGAUGAUGAGAGUAAUGGAAUAGUUGAAAAUGAUUUGUUUCAAGCAGUCAGUAUUAUGCUAACACAGAACGAGCAGCAACAGUGUAGUACAAGCAAGUCUGUACAAGAGGAGGUUUAUGGUGAAAAACACGAAUACGUUGGGCAGAAUGCAUUACUUGAAAAUAUCAAGUAUGAAGAUUCCUUCGUCCAACGUCACUCGGGGGAUGACUUGUUUGAUGUUCUGGGUGCUGAUUUUAAAAGUAAACUACUCAACGGAAACAGGAACGGUCACCAAAGUAACGGACAAGACUCAAACACAAAGGAUUGGGUUAAUAAUAACUCUACUUCUUCGACAGUCAAUCAAGGAAAAUCAGAUAGUGGAUCAUUCUCCAUAGCUGGUUUCGAGCAUCUUUUGGAUUCUAUAGCAUCCAAGCCUUCUGCCAAGCAGAAUUUGGAUGAUGAUGUUUCUUGUCGGACAACAUUGACAAAUUUGAGUGCUUCAUCUUCCUAUGGCCAAGCUGGUUUUUCGAGUCAAAUUCAAGGUGAGGUAUUUGGGCAACCAAAGACUCUUGCAAAAGCAGGAGCAACGGGUUCUCGUUCAUUUAGAUCCGAGUGCUCAAAAGAAAAAACUGGAGCCUAUUCGCAGAGUAGUUCAAUUUACGGGUCACAAAUAAGUUCAUGGGGGGAACAAGGUCAUGACACAAAGCCAACUAGCAGUGUUUCUACUGGAUAUUCUAAAAAGCCUGAUGAGACGAGCAAAACCAGUCGCAAAAGGCUUAAACCAGGAGAGAAUCCUAGACCCAGGCCAAAAGACCGGCAAAUGAUCCAAGAUCGUGUGAAAGAACUCCGAGAAAUUGUUCCAAAUGGGGCAAAGUGUAGCAUUGAUGCACUACUGGAACGCACGAUCAAGCACAUGCUUUUCUUGCAGAGUGUCACGAAACAUUCAGACAAAUUAAAACAAACCGGAGAGUCAAAGAUUAUCAGCAAGGAAGGAGGAUUGCUUUUGAAGGAUAAUUAUGAAGGAGGAGCGACAUGGGCGUAUGAAGUCGGUUCACAGUCUAUGGUCUGCCCAAUUAUAGUUGAGGAUCUGAAUCAACCUCGUCAAAUGCUCGUGGAGAUGCUUUGUGAAGAACGAGGUCUAUUUUUGGAAAUAGCUGACAUAAUUAGAGGAUUAGGCUUGACCAUCUUAAAAGGCGUUAUGGAAACGAGGAGCGACAAAAUAUGGGCGAGGUUCUCUGUAGAGGCUAACAGAGACGUGACGAGGAUGGAGAUAUUCAUCUCACUCGUUCGACUCUUGGAGGAAACAUCAAAAGGCGGAGAGGAACCUACUGCUAACGCCAUUGAUAACGACACGAAGAUGGUGCAUUCGUAUCACCAAGCAGCUUCAAUACCAGCAACAGGUAGACCUUGUAAUUAACAAUGAUCAACGGGGCUAUGAUCUUCCGUCUUGGAUGUGUUAAGAGCAAGCAAGCAAGCAACCAUGCUUGCCAUGACUAACAUGUACACUUAGGCCGACUGUUUUAAAGCUAAUCCUCAUUUUUUCGUCUCCCGUGAGUCAGAAGUAUCCAGAUUCCCAAUGUGCCAAACGGUGUGUCUAAGUCUACUUUUAGUUACUUUCACAAUCCAUCGUUUGGGCUUUUAGUUGUUUCCGUAGAAUGGCAAUUCAUCGUUCGUGUUAGUUGCUUAUUUUUGCUCUUUCCUUUAAAAGUUCUAUAAUUUUCAUUAGUUAUAAGGGAGAAGGGAGAUGGAUGCUUGGUUUUUACUUUUUACUGUUGUAUAGAAAAAAGGUGGAGGUGAUAGGAAGGGAGAUUAGGGGUGUUUAUUUAGCUAAUGCUGUGUACCUAUUGUUCCAUUUGUGAACAUUUUUUUUCUGGCUUUAAUUAUGUUUUUUUGCCUGUUGAA